UAUAGGAAGCAAUCGAAUCAAAGGCAAGCGGCAAACAGUCGAGAGAGGAAAAGGAUGAAGACGAUGAACAGCGCUUUCGAAAUUCUCCGCCAACGACUUCCCAUGAGGUGUAAGUCACUUGGAGAUAAGAAGUUAUCGAAAGUUGAUACACUGAGGUCUGCUGUUGACUACAUCAGGUGCCUGGUUAGAUUUCUGGCUGGUGACGAGAAUGAGGAGAUGAAUCAGGAAGAUGAUUUGGAAGAAAGAUUCAAAGGUAGAUGGAGUUUUUAA